UGUAUCAAUCGUAUUGAUGUGUGAAAUGAAUUCUGUGUAAACAAACUUAAAAUUACGUUUUUUAUGAAAUGAUAUUUAUAAUGCAUUGUUGUGUAUGAUAUUUAUUGUUCAAACGCGGAAAAUUUGUUCGGAAAUAGUGAAUUUAUAUCAGUUGUGUUCAAAAGUAUGCGUUUAUUUUCAAAGUGAAUAAUAUGUUAUAAUAUUUCGUUUAGAUACUUAUCUGAUACAUGUUAAAAUUAAUAUUAUUUCGUAUGUGUUUAGUGCAUUCAAAUAAUUGUGUUAAUGCUAUCAGAUUUGAUAAUUUUAAUAAGUGUCUUUGCAAAUUGAUUGUGGGAAAAACUAAGGUAUCUCCUUAAUAUUAAAACAAUUAAUUAAGUCUUACUUUUCAUUUAAAAAAUAAGUACCAGGACCACAUAAAUUACCUGAACCUAUUAAGCGUGUGCAAUCAACUUUAAACUCUAAUUAUGUGUAAAAUAAGCCCAAAAUAAGAUAAAGAAUCUCAAAAACCAGUGAUGUGUGACCAAAGAAUUAUAUUAGUGUAGUUUAUGAACAAUUAUUUUGACUUAAAAGUGCUAUAAAGUUGUAAAGAUGAUGCCUCUUCGUAAGAUCGCUCAUCGAGCGUGUUUUUUUGUCAGUAGAACUGUGUAUAUGACAUGUUGUUGCGGCUGUUGCUCCGCGCUCCGGCCUCGCUACAAGAGGUUGGUGGACAACAUCUUCCCGGCGAUACCACAAGAUGGCCUCGUCAAGACCAACAUGGAGAAACUCACCUUCUACUCCUUGUCCAGUCCUGAGAAGCUUGACAGGAUCGGAGAGUACCUGUUUCAAAAGGCCUCCAGAGAUAUUUAUAGAAGACGACAUGGGUUCGUGAUAAUAGCAAUGGAGGCGAUGGACCAGCUCCUAGUGGCAUGUCACUCGCAGACGCUGAAUCUGUUCGUAGAGAGCUUCCUCAAGAUGGUGCAGAAGUUGCUGGAGUCCACCGACCCACAGCUGCAGAUACUUGCUACACAAAGUUUCGUCAGAUUCGCGAACAUAGAAGAAGACACCCCGUCGUACCACCGGCGCUACGAUUUCUUCGUGUCCAAGUUCUCGGCGAUGUGCCACAGCAACCACAUCGACAAGCCGACAAGAGAUAGUAUACGACUCGCCGGCAUACAAGGACUGCAGGGUGUGAUCAGGAAGACGGUGUCGGAUGAUUUGGUGGAGAAUAUCUGGGAGGCACAACAUAUGGACAAGAUCGUGCCCUCGCUGCUCUACAAUAUGCAGACUGCAGAGAAAUACGACACGGUGCUAUGCAUGGAAGGCGGCGCGGGAGAGGAACAACCGGCGCGGUUAGCCGAGGCGUGUCUCAGGGAACUCGUGGGGAGAGCGUCCUUCGGACAUAUACGCAGCGUACUGCGACCUGUGCUCACUCACUUCGACCGACACGAGUUGUGGAUACCGAACGACUUCGCAGUACACACCUUCAAGAUCAUCAUGUUCUCUAUACAGGCGCAGUACUCGUACAGCGUGGUGGAGGCACUGAUGCAGCACCUGGACGCGGGCGGGAACAGGAGCGGGGACGCGCGGGACUACACGCGGGUCCGGGCCGCGCGGGCCGCCGUACUGUCCAACAUUGUCGCCAUCGCGGCCGCCGACAGCGUCGGACCAUCAGUAUUGGAGAUCAUCAACAAUCUACUGACUAAUUUGCGCGCUUCCGUCGCUAGAGAUUCAGAAAAAGAAACCGACGAGAAGUUGUACCAAGAAGCUUUGAUCAACGCUUUGGGAGAGUUCGCGGACCACUUACCCGACUUCCAGAAGAUAGAUAUUAUGAUGUUCAUCAUCAACAAGGUACCCAGCAGUCAGCGCGCCAACAAGGGAACUAAAGCUGAUGCCAUGCUGCAGAGCAUCUUGCUCAAGUCUUUACUCAAGGUGGGUACGACAUACCGUACAGUGGAGCUGAGCAAGGCAUUCCCGGCCGCAUUCUUAGAGGCAUUGCUCCGACUGGGCGGCGGCGCCGGGCCCCGCGCCAGGACCACGCUGCAACGUAUACUGCAUACUUUGUUGGACAGAAGGGAUAACGCACCACGACUCGCUUCACCUACUGUGGAGGUAUGCGAACUAGGCCUGAUAAUAGAGAAGUGUUCCCGACAGGAUCUCAUCUUCUUUAGCAAGCAUGGGUAUGCGCUAUUCAGCUCGCUCUAUGAAGGUCUGCAACUAGAAUCGAAUACGAUGGAGAACGUGGAAGCGAUCUACACCACACUAGCGCUCAUUUGCAUCGAGCUAGCUUCUGAGGAGACAGUCUGCGAUAUCAUGCAACUUAUAUUGGCUAUUCAACAAUCGAGUCUGUCGAACCCGGUACUGUCAGUGGCCCAGCAAUGUCAACUGCAAGCAAUCAGUAUCUCCCUGGCAGCACUACUGCCGCAUGUGAUGAUGCUCACUCGUCUUACUGACUAUAUCAACAAGAUAAUUGCGGCCCGACGCGAAGAUGCUCGACAUCUAUUGCCUCCACUGCAGGAAGACUAUGACGACUUACCUCCUGCCAAGAUGCCUAACAAGCUGCCUUACCUUAUGAUGGAUCAGAUGGCACUAUGCGACCUGCUGAAGGCCCACGGAGUGGACGCGACGCGCCUGUCUUCUUCAUCGCCGUACACCGCCGGGAACAUAGCCCUGCCACAUCGACACAGCUGGGUCGAGGCCGGCGCAGCUCAAGGUCGCGAUAGUCUCGCAGAGAUCACAGCGCCUGGCACUGAACUGGACAGUGCCAACAGCUCGCCCGGAGUACAACGGGCCGCCGGCGUGUCGUCGUGCGUGAGCCUGGAGGCGCUGCGCCGCGCGGCGGGCGGGCCCUCCGCCGCCGAGCGACGCGACGCCGAGCGACGCCGCGCCACGCUCAACAACGCCUUCCGCACCGCGCCCUUCGACCAACUACUGCAUAUUACACAGCCUAAGUACGAGAUCAAGGACAAAUUGGAGGAGAUCUUCAACUCCAUAAGUGAGGAGCCGCUCCUCCCCGGCUCGGGCGCGUGUUCCCCCGCAGCACACAAGUCCUACACCAGCGCAGUGCCGCCGUACACCAAGUACUUCCCGGAACUGUUCCUCUACUGAGCUUAUAAUGUUCAAAUUCAAAACGGUGGAGGAAUGUCAAUCUUCAGUAGUGGCCUGUAGGUGUUAGUUUCGCUCGACGUAGUGUAAGGUAUACGGUAUCGACUCGCAGAUGACAUCGUUCAUGUGACUACUUAACCCAAGACUGCCUGAAUAAUAUUACUUUUGGCCUAAAAUACUAAUAGGGCAGAUGACAAAUUUUUAUUUUAAUCUCCGUCUUUUAGA